AUGUCUGCGAAUCGCGCUCCUGCCGCCAUACCCUACGACCUUCGCAAGAAGCACAUUCCUCGCAUCCCAUCCCCAGCCCCGAACCAGGAUCCCGCUGGCAAUUAUACUCCGAUGGCCGCUGCAAGGAAGAUAAGAAAAAUGAGGCAAAAGAAGGCGUCUGAAGCGUCUAGAGCGUCUGGAGCAAGGAGUUCUGCUGAGAGACCUCAGGCAAAGGCGCCGGCGAGCAAAAACGCUCAUGCAGCACCUGUUGGUGACGCGUCUGACGAUGCCCCGGUCGAUACUCCUGCCAAUGCUCCUGACGAAGUAUCCGAUUUGCAGGAAUCCGUUGAUAAUGAGUCCCCUCGUGAGCCUCCUGCUGAGGACGAGGAAGAGGAAGCUGCCAGAGCGCUUUAUACCACCAAAGAACGCUUUAAGAAGCUCGUAUACAAGAGACGCGUGGAGGAAGCCCGUCGCAGGUUGCAAGAAGCCGAGGAGGACACCUAUAUUCCGACAUCGGAUAUAGAAGAAGAGAUGGAUGAGCUCCUACGCGCUGCUGACUACCCUGUGGCCUUAUAUCUACGCAUAUAUCUCAAUAAGACGUUGGUUGUUCGCAAGGCUCUGCCUGAUUCUACUCGCCGUACGCUCGAUAUUGCAGAUAUUGAAGAGAUCUUUCUACAGUCGCUUCAGCCAUUCGUUAAGGACGAAGAUUAUGAAGUUAUUAGCCGUACAGCAAUCGUGAGACUGGCGACUGGCCGUGGAGGAUCAAAAGCUCACGAUAUCGACGAUUUUACCAAUGCCGAAGCGGAGCAGAUCCUUGCUCUACUGGAUAGGCAACAUAAGACCUUCCCAAGAAGCCAAAUACAGCUUCAUUUUGAAAUCAAAGUGGUCUGUGAAGCCUUGCAAGGAAAUAAAAAGAAGUCAAGACAAUCCUCUCAGCCUCCAAAGCAGUCAACCACCGAUGAAGCUUCUUCUCCUAUAUCAAGCUCUCCUCCGGUUGCUUCAACGCGUUCUAAUCGUACUGGCAGGCUGUUGGAGCAACAUUCUCGUCGCCUAGAAUCCAUACGGAUUGCAGGAGAUUUUCAACGUCAGUUGAUGGAGCGAUACCGCUGUCUUGACGACAAUUGUACAAACAAAAAUAAUUACUGUUUCCCUGAUCCUACAGAUCCAAAUCUCCAUUAUAAUAUUACCGCUGCUCAGCACGAGAUGUGGGCAAAUUCGAUUGCAAGUGGAGAAGCGACGCUCCAACAGCCUCCCUACAAGCUUAUUCGGUAUUGGGAGAGGGAACAGGGCCCUAUAACUCGUCAAUCUCGUCAGCCUUUUAAAGCAGUCUUCCCUACAGCAAACCAAGACAGCAAUGGAGCGCCUAAUGGAGAUGCAACAGCAGAUGCAGAACAGAUGUUGCAGGCCCGGAUGAUGGAUCAAUUAGAGGCAAUGGAGGAGAAACAAGAGCGUCGAGAGGAGCGCAAUGAACGCCGUCAGAUGCAACGGGAACAGCGUGAGUUAUUGCUUCAACAACAGCAGUUAUUGCUGCAGCCUCAUUUACAGUCUCUAUAUAACCCUUUACGUCCCUUAUUAGGAAGACAGGAUCCUCCUAAUCUGUCCGCUCCCUUGCGUGAAUCAACACCAGUUCGACCCAAAUCUUCUAGUCCGAUUGAUGCCAACGAAGACGAUGCCGAUAUACUUGCUGCAUUCUUUGACUGGAAGAUUAAUAAUACUAAGAAUCCUGAGAGGAAGGCCAAAUGGGAACAUGCCAAGCAGACUGUUAUGGCCAAUGACUGGUCUAUACAGGAACUGCAACAAAUGGAGGAUGGGUCUUGUGCGAUGUAUCAACGCGCAAUAAAAGCAGGUAUCUCGGACGGCUUUGCUCGCGGUUUCAAAUCUGAAUUACACAAAUUUAAAGAUUACUAUCGCCAUCUAAAAGAGGAAACGAAGGCAGCUAUGGCGCUCGAUCAGUUGGUUCAGGGAGGAGGCGGUUUUAUACCAGGUGAUACAUUCUGA